AUGACCUCAACAGCGAGUGGAAUCCAGACCACUCUCCCUACCGAUAUACACCACCGGGCUAAUGCAACCAAUGGAAAUCCUAAAAAACUCGUCGUCACAGAGGCUGGACGCGAGGUUGACAAACGACUUGAUAAACACGAAACUUAUGAAUUCGGCGGCCCUCUGGGUGUUUGCGCUAUUAUGACCGGCUUCCCUAUCUUGAUGUACUACCUUUGGAUAUGUCUAUGGUUUUAUGAUGGUUCCUUGGUCCAUCCUACCUCUGUCGACGAUAUCAAACCUUUCUUAUGGCGUAUGUGGGGACAUAUAGCCAAAGACGCCAGUCCAAACCUGUAUGCUUGGAAAGUCUACUCUGGAAACUUUUUCUUCCAACUAUUUAUUGCCUGGCUGCUGCCUGGCUAUCAACAAGACGGUCUUCCCGUCCCUUCUCUCGGGUACAAAACCCUUCGGUACAACUGCAACGCGCUAGCAUGCCUCUAUACCACUUUGAUUACCGCCGCCAUUCUACACUAUUACCACAUCUUCCGUUUGACAGAGAUCAUAGACAACUAUGGCCACCUGAUGACAGUAUCCAUGUUCUACGGCUUCGGCGUCUCCCUCAUAACCUAUCUAUAUGCUGUCUUGACCAAUACCCAGAUUCGUAUGUCAGGAAACUUCUUCUACGAUUACUUCAUGGGUGCUUGCUUGAACCCACGCCUGGGAACCAUUGACUUGAAGAUGUGGGCCGAGGUCCGAAUCCCAUGGGUCAUUGUCUUUUUCCUCUCUGUCUCUGGGGCUUGCAAACAGUAUGAACAGUUGGGCUAUGUCACACCUAACAUGGCCUUUAUGAUCCUCGCCACUGGAUUCUAUAUCAACGCUUGUGCCAAAGGAGAGGAGUGCAUUCCCCAAACUUGGGAUAUGUUCCAUGAAAAAUGGGGCUUCAUGGUUAUAUUCUGGAACUUCUCUGGUGUACCCUUCUCAUACGUGUAUUCCGUUGUCUACAUGGCCUCCCAUGAUCCUUCUACCUAUCGCUUCUCGACUGGGGGCUACAUCUUUAUUUAUACAGUUCUUUGUACUGCUUAUUAUAUUUGGGAUACCGCGAUGGCUCAAAAGAGCCACUUCAAAAUGCAAACUCAGGGAAUCACUGAAUUCCGCAAAACUUUCCCUCAACUUCCCUGGAACACGGUCAAGAACCCGACCUUCAUUGAGACCGCUCAUGGAAACCGUCUGCUUACUAGCGGUUGGUGGGCAUACUCCCGCAAACCCAACUACGUCGCCGACUGGACGAUGAGUCUGACCUGGGGCGCGAUCAUCGGCACCGCUAGCAUCAUCCCAUAUUUCUACUCCAUAUUCUUCAUCGUUGUCCUCUUGCAUCGGUGCACUCGCGACUUUGAACGGUGCUCCAUCAAGUAUGGCAAAGAUUGGGAACGCUACUGCCAAAUUGUCAAAUAUAAAUAUAUUCCAGGGAUUUAUUAA